GCAUUUAUACACAUGUGCAAACUUUGCCCAUGUACGACACUCCCCAAACCUGUGCGGCUCAACUUCACCGAUCUUUCCCAACUCAGUUUGAAGAGGCAAAACACUUUCAGCCGUGUAUUUCGCAUACGUCUUUGAGUCCGCAACGAUCCUUCUCGGUCUUAAACCUUUUUUUUAUUUUUCUCCUGAGCUGGAAUUCACUAUAGAAAAUGUCUGCUUCGGUGCUGUCUUCCAUAUAUGAUUUCGACAGGGAAAAAGUCCCAAAUUCAAAUGCAAUCCAUCUUCACAAUUUGCUGGAAAAGAGGAAUGACGGGGUCCCAUUCGCCGCCUCCAACAACAACAACAGAUCUUUUAGUUAUUUCAGGAGUAACUCGACAAACCACAUGGACAUCAACAUGAGCAACAGACUCCAGAUCGGGUUAGAGAGCUCGACGGCUGCAUUCAUGAAUAAAGAGAACAAGUACCGAGACCGUGCGUUCAGUGAGACAGGGGAACGCAGCCAACAACUUCAGGAACUUCUUCAACAAAAGCCCGGCUCUCAAAUCAACUCGACCCGCUACAAAACCGAACUCUGCAGACCUUUCGAGGAAAACGGCUCGUGCAAGUAUGGAGAAAAGUGUCAGUUCGCUCACGGCUAUUACGAACUGAGAAAUCUGUCUCGCCACCCUAAGUACAAGACCGAGCCGUGCCGCACAUUCCACACUAUCGGUUUCUGCCCGUAUGGCCCCCGAUGUCACUUCAUUCAUAACGCGGAUGAGCGCAGAGCCGCCACGAGUAACGCUCAACUGAGACUUAACCGGGAGAUGGGUGUCUUGGGACAGGAGUCAACAAAUCCGUUUCUUACACGAAGGGAAAGACCGAAGCUGCAUCACAGCUUGAGCUUUUCGGGAUUCUCCAGCUCCCGCGGCAACGAGUCAGCGUUGAUCGAUAGCCCGACAUCACGCACGCCCCCACCGCCCACCUGCGCGCUCAGCUUCUACGAGGACGCGCUCACUCCUACUUCCCCCUGUCUGAACGCGUUCACUUUUCCCGAUCAGGAUCUUAAGGCUUUUCUUGCGCCUAUAAUCCAUCAGACCAGCGGUGCCAUGUUCAGUAACAUCCAUGCUAAUGCUUGCCCCCCAUCACCUCCUUUCAAAAUGAGCCACUUGCCCUCCAUGCAUCCACUCUCUGAGUCUCCAGUGUUUGAUUCUCCUCCAAGCCCACCAGAUUCCCUCUCAGAUCCAGAUGGGUACCUGAGUGGCUCUUGCUGUUCCUCUGGCACAAUCAGUGGCUCUGAGUCACCCAGUAUGGAUGCCAAUAGACGUUUGCCAAUCUUCAGCAGGCUGUCGAUUUCAGACGAUUAACUUGCUAUUAUUGUUAUAGCCUUUUAUCCAAGUAGAGCCAACAUGAGUUUCAGGUCAAAUAUCAAAUGAGUUUCAGCUGUUUGUUUGCGCUAAGUGUUUGUCUCAUGAUUUAGAUCUUUUUUUUCCCCCUUACAAAUAAUAUA